UUGCCUUCCUGCCCACUCACAGGCUCUGCCUCCCCCGGCGCCAACGCCGAUGUCAAUUCGCGGGCGCCAAUCCACAACUUCACAGUGACCUCGCAGCGUCUCUACUCCACCGAGGCACUCCCGCGGUCAGGAGCUCCCUAUCGGACCGGUCCAGUGUCCGCCGACUCCUGCCUGCCUCCCAGCGGCUUCCUGGCCUCUGCGUCGAAGGGGCGCGUCAGCUUCUCCAAGCCGUCGGCUGGACAGAACCAGUUGCCCGCCAUUUCAGAGGUGGGAUAUGUGGGGUACGCUUGA